CGGUCGUAAACAACAACGCUUUUCGGUUGGAAAAAAAAAGAAAUAUCGUAAACAAAAAUUAAUAAAAAAGAUUUGUUGUAAAUGUGUUGGUUUUUUUAUUGUUGCUUUAACAAAACACAAUAACAACAACAACAAGAAAAGCUUGUACUUCGGGAUUUCCUACUAACCUACUCAAUACUGAUAACAUUACGUUAGUUUGCAUUGUGUAGUGUUGCGUUACGUGAUGUGAUUAUUUAUGUAUUUGUGUGUAUACGCAGACAAAUGUAUGCUAACGGUAUGUUCGGUUAUUAAAUCCGUUGGCUUUUUGUUUUAUUUGUUUGUUUUUCUUUUGUUUUUCCUUAAUAUGUGUGCGUUUUUAAGCAAAAAUCUAAUGAAAUAUUUAUAAUGUGUGUUGGUGGUUUUUAUUCAUGCAACAGUUGAGCAUGUGAAUUGAAUGUGAAACGAGUGGAAAAUUAAAUUAAAUAUUUAACUAAUAAUAAAUAUAAAUAAAUGGCAAAAAUAAGUAAAAAAAAAACAAAAAGUAUGUUAAAUGUUAAAAAAAACACACACAAAAAGAAAACCUAACUAAAGACUUAAGACCAAAAAUCAAGUCAUCAUGAAAACUUAAUUAAUAUUCAAUAAAUGCAACAAUAAAACAAUUAAAAAAGAUAAGUGUAAAAAUUCAAUUUAAUAAAAAAGAAAAAAAUCAUAAAACACCGUUUCUUUAAUGACAUCCGGUGAAUGGGAUUUACGUGCCCUUAAAGCACUCGAAGAAGAAGAACAAAAAGAAUUUUUGGCCUUAUCACAGAAAUCCCUCUUCGAACCACCCUCACCACCAGCACAAGCCAAACAGAUAAAUGCACAACAUUUAAUACAUGCCGCCUUAAAGGAACGUGAUAGAAGCCAACAACAACCGCCGUCACUGGCAGCCACAGCGGCCACGGCAGCAACAGCAUGUAAUGCCACAAAUUAUAUGCAAUUGCAGGCACAGCAAUUACUUAAAUUACCCACUAUCAAUGAACAUCACAAUCAUCAAUAUUUGCUGAAGCAUAAAGCAAAGACGAAUAAUGAAAGCAGCGGAGGAAGACUUAAGUUUACGAAAGUUUUAUCAUUAUCGGCACAUUCCCUAACAAAUCGUUUUGCUGGGGGCGGCAGUGGAGUUGGAGGUGGUUUGAAAAAACUUAAAAGAACUAGUGGCUCCAAUUCACCCAGUCAUUAUGGAUCACCCACACCACUUUACACACCACCCCCUACAAGACGUUGCAACACUUUACAUCAUUCGCAGCCACAAGCCAGAAAAGCCUUUAAGACUUUACAGCAAUUGGAAAAACAAAAGCAGGAACGUAAACAGGAGGCUCUCAACAAGAAUCGUACUUUGCAACGUAUAGCAGGCACCAAUAAAACCUAUUGGAAAUAUGGCAUACAUUCAACGGCCAACUCUAUAACGCAGCAACAUCAACAGCAAAAAUUGCAACGAAAGAAAAGUAUAACCUCUGAGUUGGAAUCAAAUACCUCCGAUGAAUUGGGCUCAGAGGAAACACAACCCAUAGACAAUGUCCAGUUGUUGCAAGAGGAACGUGAACGUUUAAUGGAAUCACAAAGCAAGGAGUUGACAACUACUCUAACGGAUGAUGAAACAAAUGCCGAAGAAGUGGGUUCAUGUUCAGUGCCACUGGCCACAGACUCUAUAGAAAUGAUGAGUUUAAUGUUAACAGCUGCCUCAACAGCUGUUAAAACACAACCCGCUUUAACAGCAGUAACAGCAAAUGGCAACAACCCACCACCACCACCGCCAGAUAUUGCAGCAACUAGUGUCGUCGGUGUUGUUGAUAACUGCAAUGAUUUUCCCAAAUACUUUACUCUUAAUCAUCAUAAUCUAAGUGGUGCUGGCACUACUGCCUUGAACAACGAAAAUGAAGAAACUGUUGCUUACGAAGCUUUUCAUAAUAUGCUCUCACGGCGCAAAAGCUUUGCGGGUGAAAAACUGUUGAGAGCUCAAACCUUGCAAAGAAAUUCAAGUUUACAACAUGAUGUUAUACAACAGCAGCAGAAAACUCAAUCACGUAAUGUUAACAGCAACAGACAACUGUUAAAGUCUUCAUCUGUUGAGGCUCCACUAUCAUCGUAUUUAGAUUUUAACAUAAAUUCCACAACCAUUAUAACAAAUCCCCUAAUAACAAACAUAAAAGCAUCUAAUAAAACAACGGCGACAACAAUGAAAUCUGUUAAAACCUCAUGCUUAUCGAGUAAAAAACUUUUAACUCCGGCUGCUCUCCUGACAAUACCCUAUAAUAAUGGUACAACAAACGGUGAACAGCAACGUGAACAACAUAAUCAAGAUUGUAAUCAAAUGUGUUCCAGUGAACUUCAUCAUUAUCUUCAUCAUCAACAACAGCAACAUUUACAUGUACAGAAUCCAGCAUAUCAUUCGCAGCAUUUGUUGGCACAGCAACAACAUCAUCAUCAACAUCAUCAUCAUUUGUUGGAUGGCAAUGACUUGAAUACAUCAUCAUCGUUGAUUAUUGACGAUGAACUUGAGGAACAUAUCAAACAAUGUUCAUGCUCCUGUAAUCAUAUGGGUUAUGGCAAUUCAAUGGAUUACCAGGUAAAUUUCAUGUUAAUUAGAUGCAACAAACUAUAAAAUAGCAUAAAUGCUGUAAGUACUCUAAUUCUUAAUUUAUUAACUUAAAACUAUUUUACCAAGGGGUUAAUAAACUAAACUUUAACUAAACUUACAUGCAACUCACAUGUAUUGUAUUCAGUUGAAGUUAUCUCACAUUAUCUUAUUUAGCAAUUUUCUUUGUAUAAUAAACUUGUGAUCUUUCGUUUUAGUUCGUUCUAUUUUCUCUCGUUUACAACCAUUUAACAAAAAUGCCUUUAAGUAAAAUUCUAUUCAUGUGUUCAAAUUUAUUUAACAUUUUUUUGU